AUGACUACCGAGGUGGCCUUUGACACGACUAUGGGCUCCUUCUCCGUGGAGCUCUACAAUACGCAUGCGCCCAAGACAUGCAAGAACUUUGCGACCCUCGCCGAACGCGGCUACUACAACAAUGUCAUCUUCCAUCGCAUCAUUCCUGACUUCAUGGUCCAAACUGGCGAUCCAACUGGCACUGGUCGAGGAGGUAGCUCUAUCUACGGCGAGAAAUUCGAGGACGAGAUUCGUCCAGAGCUGAAACACACCGGCGCUGGAAUCCUGAGCAUGGCCAACAGUGGACCCAAUACCAAUGGUAGUCAAUUUUUCGUCACUCUUGCGCCAACACCCUGGCUGGACGGGAACCACACAAUUUUCGGUCGAGUGAAGAGUGGCAUGAGAGUGAUCCAGCGCAUGGGACUGGUCAAGACCGGUGCGGAGGACAAGCCAGUGGAUGAGCUGAAGAUCAUUCGGGCUCGGGUGGUUGAACCAGGUACACAGGAGUGA